AUGGGGAGAGUUAAGCUUCCAAUCAAAAAAAUAGAAAACAACACAAACAAACAAGUUACCUUCUCUAAGAGGCGAAAUGGACUUACUAAGAAGGCAUAUGAGCUCUCUGUUCUCUGUGAUAUUGAUAUUGCACUUAUUAUGUUUUCGCCUUCUGGAAAAUUGACUCAUUUUUCUGGAAAGAAAAGUAUGACAGAGGAUGUUAUAUUCCGCUAUGUCAAUCUACCAGACCAUGAGAGGUUCAGAGUUCAUAAUCAAGAACUUUUAAAUGGAACAUUGAAGAAAUUGAAGUGUGAAGGUGAACUUGUGGGUCAUCUAUCAAGCCCAAGAAAUGAGGAAAUUCAAAGGGAAAUUAAUGCAUGGAGAUUGCAGCUAUCAAAUGCAGAUUCAAGGCUAAGGUGUUUGAAAGCAGAUCCUCAUAUGAUAACUUCAGUACAAGAUGCAGAGUAUUAUGAGAGAGUUCUUGAGGAAUCCUUAAUUAGAGUUCAAACUAAAAGGCAAUAUCUUGAACAAACUGGCAUAGUCCCAUAUGGCCAAGCAAGCAUAAAUGACCAAUCAAAUAUGCAGAUGUGUAUGCAGCCACCAAAUGGAAAUCCAAGUUUUUCUAGUGAGAAUCAAAUAUUAAGCUGGGUGUCACAGACAAGUGUUCAAAACUUUCUAGAACUUUGCAAAACUGAUGGUGUAUUUAACAUCAGGGACUCUAUGGUAGAAUGGAUGCGUACAACAAUUUCCCCAUUCCUUGAGCAAGGCAGUGGUAGCAUGCAGCUUGGAAGUCAUGAAAGUGAUUUCAAUAUAUCACAUUUGAGGGUUGAUUAUCCCCCUCAUGAUUAUGGUUCUACAAUGCCAAUCCCAUCCCAAUGCCAAUCAACAUAUGAAGAUAACUUGAUAACAAAUAAUCAUCUUUAA